UUAAUUAAAUUAUGAUAAUUGAAUUGUACAGUAACUACAUUGUGUCAUUAAAAUGAUUAAUUGGUGACAAAUUGAAUUUGGAACAAUAUUCAACUGAACAAUUACAAUUAAUUCACCUCAGUAUUGAUUAACCAACAAUCAAAUCUCAUUAUCAACAUAACUGUUUACACUCAUGUACAUUUAUUGAGUUUCCUUUUUCUCUUAUCUUUUUAUUGUAUUUAAUUGUGUUCUUUUUUUGUUAUUAGCCCUUGUAAAACAAUAGAUCUGCUUUUCAUCUUCAAGUGAAUUAACUUAUUCCAUUAAUCCUGUUGAAUGAUUAAUAUAUCCACUUAAUCAUUUCUUCAUAUUUUCCAUCAUUUGGUUGGUUGGUUACUUUGAUUGGUCUCUUUCUCUUUUGGAUUUUUUUUCUUCUCUUCAUCUUUAUCUCUCUGUCUCUCUGUUUCUAUUUUCCUCGACCAAAGAAACUGUACCUAGUCAACUGUGAUUCUUGUCUAUGUCUUAAAUUUUUUUUUUCCUCUUUUAGAAUCAAUUAUUUUCAUUUUGGUUUUAUUGCUUCGAUUCUUCUCCCUCAAAGUGACCCGUUUAUCUCUAAUUGUGGUUUUGAAACUGAAAAUACUUCAAAUUGACAUGAAAACCUUAUGACCCUUACGUUUUUUUCUAAAUUCGAAUUAUAUUCUACCACCAUACUUUGUUCUGUUAACAGUUUAUUCUGCUGCUGCUGGUGAAAAGAAAAAAAGAGAAACAAGUGGAGGUUGUGGAGGAAAAGUAAAAAAAUAGGAGAACGUUGAUUACAACGAAAACGUCAAUUAAACGAAUCGUUUUUAAGGAGUAAAAGUGGGGAAAAAAGUAUCAACGAUUUUAUUCUCUUCAUUGGUGUUAAUUUCUUUUCGAUAAUUGUUCAUCAUGUUCAACAGUGCUUUGAUUUCCUUUGUGUUAUGUGCUCCUUUUGGUCCACAAGUUUGGUCAUAUGCUCCUGUCGAUAUUAUUCAAGAUGACAAAGCUCGUCAAAUCCAUGAACUUGAUUCUAUGAAUAUUCUUGCCUACACUUUACUUCUUAUCUUGACAGUUUUGACCAUUUGGCUUUUCAAAACUCGGCGAGCUCGAUAUCUACAUGAAACUGGUCUUGCAGUUAUUUAUGGGUUAAUUGUUGGUUGUAUCAUACGAUAUGUUGGUGAUGCUAAGGCCAAUUAUUCACAUGUUCGAGUUGCUCCUUCUCAACAAGUUACCGGAAAUGAAACUGCUCCAUGGGAUUCAGUUUGGUUACCCUUUACAGUGGCCGAAAAAUCUGGACCAAAAAAUAAAACAUAUGUUUACGUUUUUCGAGGUGAACUGGCCAACACGGCUCACGAAAUCUCUCAAAAAGCAACAUUUGAUCCUGAAAUUUUCUUCAACAUCAUUUUACCUCCAAUCAUAUUGAAUGCUGGUUAUUCAUUGAAACGCAGAUUCUUUUUCCGUAAUCUAGGAGCUAUAAUGACCUAUGCUUUUAUUGGAACUACAAUCUCAUGUUUUGUUGUUGCAUUUAUCCUUUACGGUUUAAUGCUUUUGAUUCCUAAAUACGGUUUCUCUUUUGCCGAUUGUCUAUAUUUUGGGGCCACUAUUUCAGCUACCGAUCCAGUUACCGUAUUAGCAAUAUUUUCUGACCUUCGAGUUGAUGUAACCCUUUAUGCUUUAGUCUUUGGUGAAUCAAUUCUUAACGACGCUGUUGCAAUUGUUCUAGCUGGUUCAGUGAACACUUUUGAAGAUCAUUACCGUACCAGUGGAGGUUUAAAUCCGUUCCAGGCCGCCGGUAAAGCCUUAACCAAUUUUGUUUACAGUUUUUUCUCUUCCCUUCUCCUUGGAUCUUUUGUUGGCUGUUUUGCUGCCCUGUUAACCAAAUUUACGCGGCUUUGUGAUUUUCCACUUCUUGAAACUUGUCUCUUUGUUCUAAUGUCAUAUACUGCUUUCCUUUUAUCGGAAGUUCUUGCACUUUCUGGUAUUGUUGCAGUUCUUUUCUGUGGUAUAUGUCAGGCCCAUUAUACCUACAAUAAUCUUUCUAAAGAAUCUCGUGAUCGAACUAAACAAUUAUUCGAAUUGCUCAGUUUUAUGUCAGAAAAUUUCAUCUUCACAUAUCUUGGUGUUUCCAUGUUUACCUAUCCAACGCAUAAAUGGUCUUUCGGUUUCAUUUUGGUCGCUUUUAUAGCUAUUAUUUUGGGCCGAGCAUUACAUGUUUAUCCAUUAACCUUCAUCUUAAAUCUUGGACGUAAUAAUAAGAUUCCACUCAACUAUCAACAUGUAAUAUUUUUUGUCGGCCUUCGUGGUGCCAUGGCCUAUGCUCUUGCCAUUAGGAAUACCCUUUCUGAACCAAGGCAAAUAAUGUUAACAACAACAAGUGUCAUCUCAAUAGUUACCGUUAUAGCUUGUGGAGGUUUCACCUCAUCGGUACUUCAAGUACUCGAGAUUCCUGUUGGAGUUGAAGAAUCAGAACAUGAGAUGCUUCCAUUUUCCGAUGUAAAACGAAGUAAUUCAGUGACAACUCCUAUUGAACUUCAAUCUCCCACAUCACCGGGAGGUGAGAAACUUUCAGGAGAACCUACAACAGCUUCACGUUCUGUCUACGAGAAAGCUUGGCUUGUUCGAAAAUGGUACAAUUUUGAUGUUCGAUACAUGAAACCUUUAUUAACUCACUCAAGACCCACCUUAAUGGAUACCCUUCCCGGAUGCUGUCUACCUAUUUCUCGCCUUUUAACAACCACUCAACAAUUAACCUCCGAUGAGAUUGGUUCACAUAAAAGGUUUAACAAUUCUGGUGCUGAUUAUGAAUAUGAUUCAGAUGAUGAUUAUGUAUUAACUCGUGACUCUCGUCCAUCGAGUAUUCAAGUUGUCCCACCUUCAAGCUGCUCAGUAACAACCAAAAAGUCCAACAACGUGAUAUCAAGAUCAAGUCCAAGAGGAGGAACAAGGGUUGGUUUCUCUAAUCGAAAUGCAACUAAUUGUGAUUAUUUAGAUGAUAAAUCAAUUUUAGAGACUAACAACAGUGUUACCUAUUUAUCCAAUUCAUCUAAAUUUAAAUCAACUGGUUUACAAUCUUCCAAUGGGCAUGAACCUUCAAUUUCCGGCGAUGAUUUCAUUUAAUUAGCAUGAACAUACUUUUAAUUUAAAACCAUUAGCAUCAUUUUGAUUUUUGUGAUCUAUUUAUUUUCCAACGCACUGGUCUCUCUCUCUUUAUCUCUUACACCUAUUAAUAUUUUGCUGGAAAAUAUUGUAUUAAUUGCUCACAACCAAAACCUCAUACAAAAUAAUUUAGUCAAACCACCAAUGUGAUAUCUCAAAGAUUAUUAUAAUUAUCACUAUCAACAACAUCCUUUCACUGAAUCAUAUUUUUCUCCUCGAAUUGUAAUUAUUUUGAUUAUGUUCCUCUUUUUUGCUGUUUAAUUUCCACCAUCAACUCCACGCUCAAUUUGUUUGUAACAUUAUGAUUAUAAUUAUUAUUGUUUUGUUUGUUUCUAUUCAAUAUUAUCAAGUAUUCCAAAUCCCCACUCCCAGGGUUAAGAUUUACCUUAACAUUUAACCUUAAUUUCCGAAUCUAAAUCAAGUCAAUUGUCAUUUAAAUAUCUCCUUGUACUUUUCUCUCCCUUUCCUUACUCUUUCCUGUCCUUACUCGCUCUCCCAAAGACCUAAAUUAUAUAAUGGACGUGAACAAUUGCUCUCAACCCAAGAAAAAUUAUCUCAAAUUUACCCACCACUUUGAUUAUCAACAAUUUAACAAAUCAAUCGUUCAUAAUGAUUUGAUUAUCUCUCUUCCUUUUCCUUUCUAUUGUUAAACUUGAAAGAUUUAUAUUAUUUUCACCCUAAUCAUCUUACAAAAAAAGUAUCAGAUGAUUUAAAGUCAACGAGAAAAAAAACAAAUCAUAAUAAUUAACUAAUUGUUUUGCAACCAAACAAUCAAACUCAUUGAUUACCUUAUAUUGUUUUAUUUAUAUAUUUUUUUCAUCCGAUUUGCUGUUUAAUUUCAUUUAUGUAUUUGGAAUUAGAGUCAAGGAAAUGAUCGUCAUCAUUAACAAUCUAAAUCAACAAUUAAUUUCUAAGACAUGGCGUGCCUAAUAUGUGACAAAUAAUCAAGGAAUUAACUAAUUACUAGGAAUGCUCAAUUAUAUUUUGGUGAAAAUGUUUAAACGAUUCAAUCGUUUGCUUUGUGAAUUAAUUGCUGAUGCUGAUGUUAAAUUGGUCUACAAGUUAAUGAUAAAUCAAAUCGGAUUAAAUGUUUGAUUUUUUUCUCAAUUGGUACAAAUUGUGAUCAUAAUUGAUUGAUUAUUAAAGAUUAUCAAUUGAUUGGUUCAAAUUGUAAACUUGAAUUACAUUCCUAUCCAAAGCUUUUACGUUAAUUGUUCACAAUUAACUUGAAAUCCAUUGGGGCAAAAGCAUUUAAAGUGUCAACAUUAAUCAUCAUCUCCAACAAUUUAAUAAUAACAGUGAUUCCCUUACAAUUAAGUUACAAUAAUUUUAAUUGUUUACUUUUAAAAGAAAUAAUCUUUUUUUCAAUAAUUAACUAAAACUAUUACGAUUGUGAUUUAAACUUGACCACGUGAAUUAAUUGCUAGAACAAAUUUCCAAUUAAACCCUCGAGAAUCUAAAGAUUAAAUAUUUUCUCUCAAUUUAAUCAUCUUCAUGGAAACAAUUAUGUCCCUCUGAUUGUUUAUUACAAUUUGGUAAUCAAUCAAUCACAAUUAACAAAGGCACAAAAACGAUACAACAAUUAAAACUAAUCAACGUCACAAAUUGUAAUAUAACAACAACGACAACAACAAAAUGAAACAAAUUUAUCUGGAUCACAAUUAAAAAUCAUGUUGAUUGAUUUCUUAUUAUGAACCAAUGCUAAUUACCAAAUGUUAUUGAAAUAAAUUUCUUACAAUAAAUAUAACAAUACAAUUAACAACAAUUAAUAA